UCAAACGGAUUUACUUUUGUUGAAAAUUCUGGUAUAAAUAACGCCUCGUAGAAGUCAGAAAUCAUAGUAGUGCUAACUCCACUCAAAAUGUACUUUGCAGUAUUUUUCAUAACAAUUGGCUUAAGCUCCUUUGGAGUAAACGCAGAUCCAACUUGUCCGAAACAAGAUGGAAAAGAUUCCGUCUACUUUCCACAUGAAGACUGCACCAAAUUUUGGCAGUGUUCAAAUGGCACUCCGUAUCUUUUUGACUGCCCUGAUAAUUUGCAUUUUAAUCCGAAACUGAACGUUUGUGAUUGGCCAAAUGCUGCCGGAUGCAAAGGAAGCGGUGAAGAUAGUGACAGCAGUAGCAGUAGCAGCAGCAGCAGUAGUAGCGAAAGUCAAGAAUCCGGAGAUAACUCACAAGGAAAAGACGAUAAUAACAGUAGCAGUAGCAGUAGUAGCAGCAGCAGCAGCAGCAGCAGUGAAGAAGGUCCUGAAUGUCCCUCAGUAGAUGGAGAAGAUCCUGUCUACUUCCCACAUGAAGAUUGUACAAAAUUUUGGCAAUGUUCUAAUGGUGUUCCCUACUUGUUCAACUGCUCAGCUAAUUUGCAUUUCAAUCCUAAAUUAAACGUUUGCGAUUGGCCCGAUCAAGCAGGUUGUGAAAGCAAAGAAGAUAGUAGCAGUGGCAGCGAAAGUAAAGAAUCUGAUGAUAAAGAUGACAGCAGUAGCAGUAGCAGCAGCAGCAGUAGUAGCGAAAGUCAAGAAUCCGGAGAUAACUCACAAGGAAAAGACGAUAAUAACAGUAGCAGUAGCAGUAGUAGCAGCAGCAGCAGCAGCAGCAGUGAAGAAGGUCCUGAAUGUCCCUCAGUAGAUGGAGAAGAUCCUGUCUACUUCCCACAUGAAGAUUGUACAAAAUUUUGGCAAUGUUCUAAUGGUGUUCCCUACUUGUUCAACUGCUCAGCUAAUUUGCAUUUCAAUCCUAAAUUAAACGUUUGCGAUUGGCCCGAUCAAGCAGGUUGUGAAAGCAAAGAAGAUAGUAGCAGUGGCAGCGAAAGUAAAGAAUCUGAUGAUAAAGAUGACAGCAGUAGCAGUAGCAGCAGCAGCAGUAGUAGCGAAAGUCAAGAAUCCGGAGAUAACUCACAAGGAAAAGACGAUAAUAACAGUAGCAGUAGCAGUAGUAGCAGCAGCAGCAGCAGCAGUGAAGAAGGUCCUGAAUGUCCCUCAGUAGAUGGCGAAGAUCCUGUCUACUUCCCACAUGAAGAUUGUACAAAAUUUUGGCAAUGUUCUAAUGGUGUUCCCUACUUGUUCAACUGCUCAGCUAAUUUGCAUUUCAAUCCUAAAUUAAACGUUUGCGAUUGGCCCGAUCAAGCAGGAUGUGAAAGCAAAGAAGAUAGUAGCAGUGGCAGCGAAAGUAAAGAAUCUGAUGAUAAAGAUGACAGCAGCAGCAGUAGCAGCAGCAGCAGCAGUAGCGAAAGCAAAGAAUCUGGCGACAAUUCCGAAAGCUGCACCAGCAGCAGUGAAGAAGGUCCUGAAUGUCCCUCAGUAGAUGGAGAAGAUCCUGUCUACUUCCCACAUGAAGAUUGUACAAAAUUUUGGCAAUGUUCUAAUGGUGUUCCCUACUUGUUCAACUGCUCAGCUAAUUUGCAUUUCAAUCCUAAAUUAAACGUUUGCGAUUGGCCCGAUCAAGCAGGUUGUGAAAGCAAAGAAGAUAGUAGCAGUGGCAGCGAAAGUAAAGAAUCUGAUGAUAAAGAUGACAGCAGUAGCAGUAGCAGCAGCAGCAGUAGUAGCGAAAGUCAAGAAUCCGGAGAUAACUCACAAGGAAAAGACGAUAAUAACAGUAGCAGUAGCAGUAGUAGCAGUAGCAGCAGCAGCAGUGAAGAAGGUCCUGAAUGUCCCUCAGUAGAUGGAGAAGAUCCUGUCUACUUCCCACAUGAAGAUUGUACAAAAUUUUGGCAAUGUUCUAAUGGUGUUCCCUACUUGUUCAACUGCUCAGCUAAUUUGCAUUUCAAUCCCAAAUUAAACGUUUGCGAUUGGCCCGAUCAAGCAGGUUGUGAAAGCAAAGAAGAUAGUAGCAGCAGUAGUAGCAGCAGCAGCGAAAGCAAAGAAUCUGGCGAUAACUCCGAAAGCAAAGACGAUAACAGUAGCAGCAGCAGUAGCAGCAGCAGCAGCAGCAGCAGCAGUGAAGAAGGUCCUGAAUGUCCUUCAGUAGAUGGAGAAAAUCCUGUCUACUUCCCACACGAAGAUUGUACCAAAUUUUGGCAAUGUUCUAAUGGUGUUCCCUACUUGUUCAACUGCUCAGCUAAUUUGCAUUUCAAUCCUAAAUUAAACGUUUGCGAUUGGCCCGAUCAAGCAGGUUGUGAAAGCAAAGAAGAUAGCAGCAGCAGCAGUAGUAGUAGCAGCAGUGAAAGCGGUGACAAUUCCCAAGGAAAAGACGACGAUAAAGAUGAUAGUGGUAACAGCAGCAGCAGCAGUAGUGACAGUAGCAGUAGCAGCAGCAGCAGCGAAAGUAGUGAAGAAGGUCCUGAGUGUCCCUCAGUGGACGGUGAAACUCCAGUUUAUAUACCACAUGAAGACUGCACCAAAUUCUGGCAAUGUUCAAAUGGUACUCCGUAUCUUUUUGACUGUCCAGACAAUUUGCACUUUAAUCCCAAAUUGAAUGUUUGUGAUUGGCCAAACGCCGCAGGAUGUAAAGGAAAUAAAUAAAUUAUUGUGAAUGGAGAAUAGGUUCAUGAAAAAAUAAAUACUUUUGAAUGUUA